UAAUUCACCUGUUCCUCGCGGAGGCUUUGUUUCAAAUUCUUUUUCCUUCUCUUGUUCUUUUAAUGAAAUCAUAACUCUCUAGACGAUUUUCACGUUGAUUUUUAAACACACGAAUGGUAUGAGUCCAGCAUUGUCCGACUCAGUCGUUGGAAAGACUCGACUGAUGAUGAAACAACACUCUCGGUGAAUCGUCAGUUCUGGAGUUCAGUUGUUUGCCUCUUUUUAACAAUUCAACCCCCGUUUCUCUUGGAUUUUUAAAUUAUACAUUACGGACAGCUUCGUGAAUUUAUCAAGGAUUUGUUGGUGCAAAACUUCUCGAAGAAAGAUGCAAAGAAAGUUUUCCAACCUCGAAAGCUAUUAACUACACUAUUUUGGAAAGCACGGGUAUGGUCGAUUUAAUACAACACAGAAAAGAACAAGUAUUAUAUUGGAAUGGAGAGAUAAACUUCAACAUAGCAAAGAAAUCGAUAAGUAAUCAAGGCAGAGCAAUAGACGGUUCAAAUUAAUAGCGGUCUGUCGUGAGAGACCCCAAUGCUUGCACAGAUGUUCAUGUUCUUCAGAGACAAUGAACUGGCCAUUUCUGGCGAUGACUUUAGCCACUCUGUCUCACUCCAGAUGGACCAAACAGAGGUUAUAGCCGUUGCAACACAAGACACAUCGUUGCCCACCCAGCCACCAUGCUCCCCAACGAGCCAGGCAAGUGUACGGACAAUUGAAAAUGAAACCAUUUGUCGCAUCUGUCUUGACAGAGGUACAGAACCACUGGUUGCACCUUGUAAAUGUGCCGGUUCUGCCAAAUUUGCUCACGAGAGCUGUCUUCUGCAGUGGUUUUUUAAAACGCGGAGAAGAAAGUGUGAGCUGUGUCUUUCUGAGGUUAAUGUGAAAUCCGUUGGUUUCAAACCAUUACAGAAGUGGAGGCUGCCAACGGACUCUUGCGAUUUUGUCUUCUACUUGUUUACACUUUACUGCGUAAUAAUGUUCGUGUUCACUGGCAUGAUCAUCUGGAUAGCGACACAGGGCUGCCUCUCCCCAGUCUGCAUCACGCUUUAUGUCAUCUGCAGCAUGUCCCUGGUGUAUUUCAUAUAUUGCUGUGGCUGUGUUGAAUAUUCUAAAACGUACUGGAAAGCCUGCGUUACAACCAAUAAGAACUGGCGCAUUUACAACAGGGAGGAGACAUCGCGGACGAAAGCAAAAGCAUCAAGAGUCGUAUCAAACGGAAGUGAAUCUUGCAGUUCCAAGAAAUGUAGUCACGUGGUUAUUGACCAACCAGACCUUGCUACGCAUUCAGCUGAAGGACCUUCGAGUAUUCUAGUUGCAGAUUUACCACAAACAGUGGAACAGAAAAAUAAAUUCAAAGUAAACGAUGAAAGAAGUAUAUCCGGAAGUACCACUAUAUACCAUUCUCAUAUUGAUGGGGAGGAAACCCGGCGAAUUGAUGUCAUGUCUACUAGGACUGUAGGUUCUCCAUGUGACUCUCCUGUCUGUUUAUCCCCCGUCUUUACUGGGAAGGAGCUGGCGCAUACUGGUAGCAUAUCUCUGUUGAUGGAACUGAACUACAGUCAGCAGCACUCACUAUGCGUGGCAAAGAAAGACCUAAAGAAUGAAAGAAUUAUUCAUGUCGUAACCGAAAAAGUAGACACUUCACCUAAACGAAGAGCCUUCUCAGUCGAUGCACAUACACAAACUGUAGACUCGCCACCUCUUGAAAACGAGAGUAAAGAUGUGAAAGUUGGAGUAAAAACUGGCGAUGGGGUCACAAAUAGUGGUUUUGAUGACACAAAAUUGUGAAGUAGAUCAACAAGCAAAUAAUUUAUUAAAUUUAUGACAUUUGUUUCCUGAAAUAAAAGGAAACGCAAGUUUGGGUUAUUUAACUGCAAUUGGAUCAAAAGCCACUUUGUCUGCUUGCAUGAGGUGGGAUGAUACCUAGCCAGUUGAUUUGACGUCUUUGUUAAUUUCAUGCCAUAGGCCUUUACAAACUGAAGCAUAGCUAUUUAUGAGAGAAAAAUCCCUCUGCUGUUGAAUUAAUUCUUAAUCAAACAAGAUCCCGGUUGCCGGUUGCAUGCCGGUUGCGAAAUAGCCUUUAAAAAGAGGCGUGCAAUGCGCGGAGCUCAUGUCUUGAAGAAGCAUUUACUGUCGAACAUCUAUUGUCUUUUAUGCCUCCCCUAUGGGCUUAUACCCAUUCUUUAUUGGCUUUGAUACUCAUGUAUUAACAUACAACCCUAGAAAUAUUUAAAAGAAACAUUUAUCAAGACUGGUGGACCACCCAUCUAAAGUUUUGUCCUGUCCUCUGCUAGGAAAGGCAUUUUUAGUCAUAAGACAUUACAAGGUGAAGGUUUAACGAUACAGUUCUGGCGUGGCCUUUUUGUUGGUCCCCUUGGAGAUGGAAGUUUCUUGAGUUGUAAGAAUAUCUUUUAACUGGCUGGUUACGUCUAGAGAUAUUAUCAAAAAAGUUCCCGUGUUACACAUGGCUCUUUUACUGGCCGACAUGAAGGUGUUUUUGAUAGUGAUAGCCCACCCCCCCCCCCCCGUAUUU